CCCUCUCUCAAACAUCUUUUCAUCCUGAUCCCUUUUCUAGCUCCAUCUAAGCCAACCAUCACCAAUAACACCCCCGGUGUUGCGCCAUGCCCACGCGGAGAAAGAAAUCCGAAUCCGAGUAACUAUUAUGAGGACCAGACCAUGCCCAGCACCUAGUGGCGUUGAUCCGCAACCAUGCCUCGCUGGACGAGGUCCGCGCCCACCUCACUCGCGCCCUGGCCGAGGCCCAGCCCCCUGCCCAGCAGCACCUGGAGAGCCUGCGUCGCGGUAUCGAGGUUGAAAGUAAACCGCCACGCUUUUACCCACGGAUCAUGGGCAUCCGGCACUUGUGCCAGUGGCCCUUACCGCGUCCCUGCUAAAUCAUGGACUGCCGUCACCGACGACAACAACUUUGGUGUCACACUCGGUCUCCCUCUACCUUAUCUCGGAUUACCCCUUUUUCGAUUUUCUCGACAGCCAUAACUCUGUCAAACACAUGACUGGGGAUUACCGAGUCCGACUUUUACAGCUCGUUCCUGGUCAACGCUCUGCUGGCUAAUGCAUGCUUACUA